GCUAACUUAAGAGUCAAAUCUGUCGCUAACCUUUAGUUAUGCUGAACCAGAGCAGGUUGUCAUUUUUCAGCUUGAGCUUGGAUGAGAGGAAUACUCAGUAGUACCACCAGAGCUUAGAAGGCAGCGCCAAAUAUAUACUGUAAUCUAGGGGCAGACGCCAGCUGAAACUUUUAUAAAACUAGAAGAAAGAAGAAACAAAGAACCAAGUCCAGAAAAGCAAGGACGUGGACAAGACCAAAGUAUGGAGUCAGUGCCUGAGAUGAAAAGGAAUAGGUUCCACAGAAUGAACUUUGAAGCAGAGAUUCUGACAGCUCCAUGCAACAAUUCAGAGCUAUACAUGAUCCCUACCAUGAGAAGCCUCACAGCAGAAGAAUAUGUACAGGCCUUUAAGUCAUUCUUGGAUCACUCGACUGAACAUCAAUGUAUGGAACAGUUCAUUAAUAAAGAAAUGCCCCAAAUACUAGCCAGUCUUGGAAAUGGAAAAUCCACUAUAAAUGUUCUGGGAGUUGGAAGUGGCACAGGUGAACAGGACUUGAAAAUGAUCAGGAUAAUGCAGGCACAGCACCCAGGAGUCUUGAUUAAUAACGAAGUCAUAGAACCCAAUCCACAGCAUGCUGCAUCAUACAAAGCAUUAAUUAAUAAAUCUCCUGAUCUUCAGAAUGUCUCAUUUAUUUGGCACCAGAUAACUUCCACUGAGUAUGAACAGCAAGUGAAAGAAAAAAAUGCACCAAAGAAAUUUGACUUCAUACAUAUGAUUCAGAUGCUUUACCGUGUGGAUGAUAUUACAAAUACCAUCAAGUUUUUCCACAGCUGCCUGGACCAAAGUGGCAAACUUCUGAUCAUAAUUUUAUCAGGUAGCAGCGGAUGGGCCAGCAUAUGGAAGAAAUACAGGCACUGCUUGCCCUUAACUGACAGUGGCCACUACAUCACAUCUGAUGACGUCAAAGAUAUUUUGGAGGGAAUGGGAGUUGAAUACCAAGUGUACGAUUUCCCAUCUGGCUGGGAUAUCACCAAAUGUUUUAUUGAAGGUGAUACGACUGGGGGUCACAUGAUGGAUUUCUUGACAGGGACUAAAAACUUCAUGGGCACUGCACCUCUUGAUCUUAAGAAGCGCCUCCAAGAGGCUCUGUGCCAGCCAGAAUGUAGCCAUAAAAAAGAUGGAAGCAUCAUUUUCAGUAAUGAUUUGAGUAUGAUUGUAGUCAAAUCCUAACACCCAGGAGUAGAUGCUGACAUUAUUUUCAUCAGACAAGCUGCAUAGUGGUAAGUGCCAGGCUCCCCAAGAGAAGAAUCUUAAAAAUCUUCUGUGUGAUGCACACCAAGUAUGAAAUCUUGCCCCAACUGAAGUCAGCAGGGGCUUUACCAUUGACUUCAAUGGGCCAGGAUUUCACCCAAAACAUUUAGUCUAGUCUGGGCUUUGCAUAACAUAUUUUAGGAAUGGAACCCUACUUUUCUGCACAGGAUUCCUCCACAAACAAGUAUUAUAGCAGAUGUUAUAUAUGAACAACACUAGAAACUUGAAAAAAGGAGAAAAAAUGUACCAAAAUUCUGCACGUAGAGUUUUUAUUAUGCUUGUAUCAUGUGUACAAUGUAGUAUGCUACAUGUUUUCUGUGUACAGUACCUUUACAUUUCUAAGAAUUCAGUAACCAUGUUGUUUUCAGAAUAGCUAUAACCCGUACCUGAAGAAAUAUGUAUUCUGUGUUCUUUGAUACAAAAGUCUAUGUUUUGUUCUUUAUAUAGACAUAAUAUGAAUUCUGGUUAUAGAGAUGGGACUGCAAACUAACAAUGAGCUUAAAAAAAUUCCAGAAAAAAGUAAAAAGUUUCUCUGUUUUAACAAGAAAAGUAAAAAAGUAAAAUGGUUACUUC